AAAAUGCGAAAUUUCUCCUUAACAUCGGGAAAAUGAAUACCUAAAAUCAAUAACCAAAUUAAUUGUUCCGAUUUCUUUUCCUUACUUCUCCUGUUUAAAGUUUCUCGAUUCCUUACUUCUCUCGUUUUAAGUUUCUCGAUUUCUUACUUCUCCCGCUGUCUCCUGUAUCCCUGACUUCCGAAUCCACAAUUUUCCCAUUUAAAUAAAACAUUUCGAAUUCGAACAGAUCCUUUUUGGUAAAAAUAAAAAUAACGUAUAAAAAAAAAAAUAAAAAAUAAAAAAGAAAUAAAAAGAAGAAGAAGAAGGAGAAGAAGGUAAAAACGCGGGGAAGGAACCGUCGGUUGGUCGUUGCUGGCUGCCGCUUGGAAAGUAAACGCGGAAAGGAAAAGUCUCAGUGGAGGGAAAAACGAAACAGAGAUACACACCAUACCAUCGGAUAAUCCGAUUAGAUCUUAGAGAAACCAGAGAGAGAGAGAGAGAGAGAGAGAGAGAGAGAGAGAGAGUUCGAGACAGCGAGAAAAAGGAACGGGAAAAAAAUGAACAAAGUCAAGAGCUUGUUGAAGCCGAAACCUAACCCGUCGGAGCAACUCAGAGAAUGGCAGCGGCGCCUCCGCCAUGAGUGCCGCAACAUGGAGCGCCAAAUCAGAGAUAUACAGAAAGAAGAGAAAGCUGUUCAUAAAACUAUCAGAGAGGCUGCCAAGAGAAAUGACAUGGCUACAGCCAAGGCCCUUGCAAAGGAAAUUGUGAUGUCGAGGAAAGUUGUGAAUCGGCUUCAUGAGAAUAAGGCACAACUGAAUUCGAUAUCUAUGCACCUUGGAGAAAGUGUUGCACUUGCCCGUACCGUGGGUCAUCUGUCAAAAAGUACAGAGGUUAUGAAACUUGUCAAUAACCUCAUGAAAGCUCCAGAAAUGGCCAUCACGAUGCAUGAAUUUACCAAAGAAAUCACCAAGGCUGGCGUGAUUGAAGAAUUCGUAGAUGAUGCUCUUGAUACGGCAUUAGAUUCAGAAGAUAUAGAAGAGGAAACUGAAGAAGAAGUCGAAAGGGUCCUCAGUGAAAUAGCUGGUGAGACGGCUGCACAGCUCCCAGAAGCUGUGCGGAAGGAGAGGACAAAGGUAGCAGCCCAGAGAGCCAGUGCGUCACAAGAAGAAGCUAUAGCAGAGGGUGCAGACAAUGAGGAAGAGUUGGAAGCACUGAGGGCGCGGCUUGCCCAAGUGAGAUCGUAAAAUUUUCAUGUAGUUCCCGCAGUUCGUUCCCUUCUUAUUAGGAAAACUUCUUUGUGUAUUUUGUAGAGGCAUCUUAAAGUUUAGAAAUUUAUUGUUUUCUUCAUUAAGGGCUAUAGACACAGCUUGCUUUGUAUAAAUGAGACAAAUGUUGUAGGGCUCGUUUGGAAGUGUCUUUAAAAUGACUGAAAGCGUUUUUGAGGAGAGUGCUUUUGGAACCUAAAAUACUUUCACCAAAAGCGUUUUAAGUUAUUUUAAAAGCACUUUCAAACAAGCCUGUACAUUAAUACAAUUUGUUACAUAGUUUUGUUAGUCUUA